UAAAAGUGAGAGUGAGAACAGGAAAAGCAAAAGCAAAAACACUACAACAACUUCAUUUGCUCCCACAUAGAAGAAAAAUUAAUAACAGAACAAUGGCGUUGACGGGUGAGAAGUGUACAGUGUGCGUAACAGGAGCAGCUGGAUUUAUUGCUACGUCGCUAGUGAAGCUUCUCCUUUCUAAGGAUUACACUGUUCAUGGCACUGUUAGAGAUUGUGAGGAGUAUUCUCAUUUGAUGAAUCUUGACAAAGCUGCUGAGAAUCUAAAGCUUUUCAAAGCAGAGUUGCUAGAUUACGACUCGCUUGCUGCAGCCAUCAAAGGAUGUAAUGGUGUCUUUCAUCUUGCUAGUCCUGUUCCUUCAUCCUCUGUACCAAAUCCUGAGGUAGAAAUUGUUGAGCCUGCAGUAAAAGGCACACUUAAUGUUCUGAAGGCAUGUUCUGAAGCAAACAUCAAGAGGGUUGUUUAUGUAUCUUCUAAUUCUGCUCUUGACUAUAACCCCAACUGGCCAAAGGACCAAGUGAAAGACGAGACUUGUUGGUCGGACAGUGAAUACUGCAAAGCAACUAAUAACUGGUAUAGUUGUUCCAAAACGAUGGCUGAGACAGAAGCUUGGUCAUAUGCAAAACAAAGUGGACUUGAUCUUGUAACCGUGCUCCCAACAAUUGUAUGGGGACCAAUGUUGCAGAAGACAACAAAUGCCAGUAGUUUAAUUCUCAUUAAGCUGCUGAAAGAAGGAUAUGAAGAGCUGGAAAACAAGAGCCGGUUUAUUAUAGAUGUACGUGAUUUAGCUGAAGCGCUGGUGCUGGUUUAUGAGAAACCUGAAGCUGAAGGUAGACACAUAUGCAUGGCUCAUAAAGCGAAAUCACAGGAUUUGGUUGACAUGCUGAAGAGACACUACCCCAACUACAACUAUCCUAACCGCUUUACCGAUGUGAUGGAGGAAGGAAGUUAUAGCACAGAGAAACUGCAGAAGUUGGGUUGGAAAUGUAGGCCACUGGAGGAAACUCUAAUCGAUGCUGUUGAAAGUUAUAAACAAGCGGGCAUUCUUGAUUAAAGAAGAGAAAAUAUCAAGUCCACCUUUUACUUAUUGUAAUAUUCUUUGUGGUACUUGCCCUGCCUGUCUUUCAAGAUAAUACUCUUGCGAACUAGUAUCUAUAUGUAAUAAUAUAAUCUGGAUUGAGGAGGUUAUAUUUUACUCCUUUUGAGUGCUAUUUUGUUGUUGUUGUUGUUGUUGUUGUUGUUGUUGUUGUUGUUGUUGUUGUUGUUGUUGU